UUUGCUUGCAAAUUUCAAACGAGCUUUCCUCUGACGUCGGAGCUGCAAAAAGAGCCGCCAGUUCACCUUGGGCUCUUGCAUCUCACUCAGCUUGUAGCGUGCAAUCGCUUUCCAUGAUGAAAUCGUAGCAUUUCCGCUCUGGUGUCUUGUUCCCGCAGAGCAACCGUGGGUCCAAGCCUCGCGGAACAGAGGAAGCUUCUUGCGUCAAGUAGGAGCUCCCGUCCGAAGUUCGUCUCACACCUUCCGUCAUGGAUACAACGAGCGGCAAUGCGGGCUCUGCCGCGAUGCCCGAGAGCGGGCAGCAGGAAAAUAAUAAGAACGGGUUCAAGCUGAGGUUCUGCACCGUCUGUGCCAGCAAUCAGAACCGGUCAAUGGAAGGGCACCUCCGCCUCGCUCAGGCCAACUACCCCGUCAUCUCGUUCGGCACCGGGUCUCUGGUGCGCCUGCCCGGGCCCACCAUCACCCAGCCCAACGUCUACAAGUUCAACGAGACCUCGUACGACAGCAUCUACCGGGAGCUCGAGGCCAAGGACCCCCGCCUGUACCGGGCGAACGGGCUGCUCAACAUGCUGGGGCGGAACCGCAUCAUCAAGUGGGGCCCCGAGCGUUGGCAGGACUGGCAGGUCGGGAUGCCGAGGGUCAAGCACGAGAAGGACCAAGGGAGCGCCGGCAUGGAGGCGGGCGUGCCCGACAUCGUCAUCACCUGCGAGGAGCGCUGCUGGGACGCCGUGGUUGACGACCUUCUCCAACGCGGCUCUCCCCUGAACCGGCCCGUCCACGUGAUCAACAUCGACAUCAAGGACAACCACCAGGACGCCUCGAUCGGCGGCGGGGCCAUCGUCGACCUGGCUGACUCCCUGAAUAAGGUGGCUCAGGAGGAGCGCGAGAGAGUAGGAGCUGCCCUCUUUGAUUCUGGGGCCGCCGGCAGCCGGGCGAGCUUCGACGAGCGGGUGCCCGAGGUUCUAAGCGAGUGGCAAGAGAGGUGGCCUGGGCUGCCGUCAACGUGGACAUUGUCUUGGUUCUGAGUGUUCUGCCUACGUUCAUUUUUCCCUUUGCAAGAGGCGUUUGGCGGUCGGGUAUUCUGGGAGCGCGAUUUCAGGCGUUAGGGGGAGGGAGUUUCGAGAGAUACCAUGCAUCCUUUCAUCGUCGAGUUCUGCUAUGCACGUGCCAUGAAGAUAAUGAUAACUGCGGGGUGCUGCC